AUGCUCCUUUUACAUUUUCCAAACUGGAGAAAAAUCUCAGACAUCAAGGAUCAGGAUACAUCAUGGACUGACAAAUUCAAUUUUUUUUUUCAAACAGCGAUCUGUCCAAACUUUGUAAAAGCUGAAGUAAAAAGGGCAAAAAAACAUGACACUCAUGAAAUUGAGGAGGAAUUUGAAGUUGAAGAGUCUCAUGAGAAUGAUGUAGAACAGCCAGAAUGGAUGGACGCUCUUCGACCAACUGCAUGCUAUGAUGCAGUCCCAUACGAAUUUCAUUAUGAUGAUGGUGGGCCGGGAUACAACUGGAAUCAAAGAUCAUUGCUCCAACAAGAUGUAGGAAAGUCAUGGAUUGAGCACAUCAAAGAAAAUAGCAAUGAGCCAAACAAUGUUCUUGAUGUACCAAACGUUGUCCUUACCAACAUGAAUGAAGAUCAGAGGCUUGCAUUCAAUAUUGUAAUGGAUACUCUACAUCGAUACAUAGAUGAAGAUAAUGCCUUUAAGCCUUUAAGGAUGGUUGUAUCUGGUACUGCAGGUUCUGGAAAGUCAUACCUGAUAAAAUGUUUAGUGAAGGGUAUAAGAAAUCUCUUCAAGACAAACAGAGCAGUACAAAUACUCUGUCCUACUGGAAGUAGUGCAAACCUCAUUUCUGGUGUAACUUUGCACAGCUUUUUGAAAAUACCAACACAUCAUAAGGGUAAAGAGAUGAAACAGCCAGAUGGGAAGAUUGGGAAACUGCUACAAGAAAACUGUAGAGGUGUAGAAGUCCUACUUGUGGAUGAAAGAUCAUUAAUAGGUGCCACUACCUUAGGAUGGAUGGAGUUCAUGUGCAGGUGUGCCAUGUACUCAGGAUCUAAAUCUCAAGAGACUUGGGGUGGUCUCCCAGUUGUCGUGUUUUUAGGUGACGAUGUCCAGCUUCCACCUGUGUUAGACUCCCCAGUUUACAACUGCAAAAGUAAAGUUCCAGCUGCAAUGCAUGGUGUUCUUGUCUGGAAAGAAUUUGAUAGAGUUGUUCACUUACAGAACAUCAUCCGACAAAGCCAGUCUGAAAAACAUCUUAGAGAACUGCUAUCAGCUUUGAGAGAAUACCAGGCCUCACCAGUACAAGCACAGUGGUUACAGCAGUUCCAGUGGAACAACUUAAGGACUAGAUAUGGCAAUGAACUCCUGCAAAGUAUGUCAGAGGAAGGAUUGUUUGUUUUUCCCACACAUGAGGAAGAAUGGCAACAUAACAAGUGCCAAAUUCUGAAAGUAAAUGCACAACAUCCAAUUGCAAAAUGUAAAGCAAUUACCAAAGGACCACAUUCUAAAUUUGGUAAUGUCACUGCAGGAGGCCUAUUAGAUACAGUUUUCAUUAGCAGAGAUGCAAAGGUAAUGUUGUCUGUGAAUCUAUGUGUUUCCUUUGGUUUGUUCAAUGGUGCUAUGGGCAAAGUGAUGGAUAUUGUUUACCUUGAUGGUAAACAACCUUCCGAUUCCCUCCCAGAUGUUGUAAUGGUCGAGUUUCCCAGUUACACUGGACCCCCAUUCCUGAAAGAAAAUAACAAAGUCAUUCCAGUAGUACCAGUGACCAGACAGCUUGACUGUGGAUGCUUUUCGUGCAAAAGAGAACAGAUUCCUCUUAGACUUGGAUGGGCAACAACUAUCCACAAGUGUCAAGGAAUGACAAUUGGAACUGGGGAACCUAACCGUUUCAUUGUUAUAAACCCUGGAACACGUAGUUUUGAAUCUAGAAAUCCUGGCGCCCUGUUUGUGGCAUUAUCACGAGCAAAGUCCUCUGGUGCAGUAGAAGGCACUUAUCCAGAUUUUGCAUGGCACCCAGCAGUUCUCAUCAAUGAGGACAGGAUCUGUCAUGUUGUUCGAACAGCAACAACAUCUGCCAGAGCAAAUGAAAUACACCGCCUUACACAAAUUGCUCAGGGUACAAAACAAAUUUUCAGCAGCUUAAAAGAUGAUAACUCUUUUCUACGACACUUUUCAGAAGAAUGA